AUGUUGGGGGAAGCCGUCAGGAACGGACGUAUUGCUCCACUGCUGGUAGGGGGAGAUCAUAUUGAACUGUCGCACCUACAAUUUGCAGAUAACACUGUUUUGUUCUGCUCGCCAGAGAUUGCAACAAUUGUAAACUAUAAGAGACUGUUCUGGUGCUUUGAGUUGAUGUCUGGGCUGAGCAUCAAUUUUGAUAAAUCGAAUCUGAUAUCAGUGAACUGUGCGAAUCCGCGCUUGGUGAAGACUUGGAAACCAAUCAUUGAUAAGGUGGAACAGAAGCUUAGCUUGUGGAAAGCAAAGGUUUUGAACAAAUCAGGUAAGCUGGUCCUUAUCAAAUCGAUACUGAAUAGUCUCCCCAUAUAUUACCUUAGUCUGUACAAGAUGCCGAAGGCGGUGGCGGACAAGCUGAUCGCUUUACAACGGAACUUUAUGUGGUGCAAGGAGAACGGGAACUAUGGUAUACCUAUGGUUAAGUGGGAGCUAGUUCAGGCUCCAAAAAAGGUUGGGAGCUUGGGGGUUGGUGAUGCAGUGCUGAGAAACACAACGCUUCUGUUUAAGUGGUGGUGGCGGUUUUCAAAGGAGGAUUACCCGUUGUGGAAGAAGAUUGUUUGUUCGUGCAACAAGUUGAACCCGGAUGUAAUGUUAGCAACUCAGCCUUUACCAGUAAAAGGAGGGCCUUGGAAAGACAUAUGUCAGCUGAAUAUAAAAGAACCGCGGAUUCGAGAUAAAGUGAUAUGGAAUUUUCAAUGGAGGAGAGAGUUGUUCCAAUGGGAGCUGGAACUUGUCAAUCAGCUUCAUGAGAGGUUAAGGCCAGUGAAGUUGUCAUCAGGCUAUACAAGCGGAGACCUGUCAGCUGAGAUAACGAGUUAUAGUUUCACGAGUUCCAUUUGGAAAGGUUUCGUACCUCCGAGAAUUGAGCUCUUUGGGUGGUUUGUGCUAGUUGGUAGAGUUAACACCAAGGAGCAACUGACUAAACUAGGAGUCAACAUUCUGGGUGAUAGUAUGUGUGUACUGUGUACCAACGAAUUAGAAUCUGUUGAGCAUUUAUUCCUUAGGUGUGAGGUAACAUGGCAGGUGUGGUGCAAGUGGUUGAGGUCACUAGGAAGAGAGUGGGUGAUUCCCGGAACCAUUAAAGAAAUGCUUGAGAGUUGGCAUGGCAUGCAUAAUAGACAACAAGGGCAGAAGAUGUGGAUGACAGUGUUCUUUGCAGUGAUUUGGAACAUCUGGUUGGAACGGAAUGCAAGAGCAAGUCUGGAAGUCAUUCACACAAGGACGGUGAUGAAUUACACAGAAUGGCGUGGUGGUGAUCUUGGGGGAGGCUGA